AUGCUGCAGACGGUGCCCAAGUUCUGCUUCCCCUUCGACGUGGAAAGGGUUUCCCAGAACCAGGUGGGUCAGAACUUCACGUUUGUGCUGACGGACAUCGACAGCAAGCAGAGGUUUGGCUUCUGCCGACUCACCUCAGGAUGCCGGAUCUGCAUCUGUCUGCUCAGCUAUCUUCCCUGGUUUGAAAUCUACUACAAGCUGCUAAACACGCUGGCAGACUACUUAACAAAACACCAGGAAAACGACUUGAACGAUAUGCUGAACUCUCUCUACGACCUGCCCGUGCCAAAGCCCUUCACCCCCGUCAACCUGAGCGUGCACUCGUACUUCAUCGCCCCUGACGUGAACGGCCUUCCCACCAUCCCAGAGAGCAGGAACCUGACAGAGUACUUUGUAGCAGUGGACGUCAACAACAUGCUGCAGCUGUACGCCAGCAUGCUCCACGAACGGAGGAUCAUCAUCACGUCCAGCAAGCUUAGCACCGUGAGUGUGU